AGGAGGAGACGUGGAUCGCAUUGUGUAGUGCGAAGUGUUGUUCCUUUUCUCGUUUUGUAUCGGAGAAGAAUUCCUUAUGGGAAGACGACAUCACGAGUGUGCCGCCUCGAUAGCGAUUGAUUAAUUAACGACGAAGUGAAUUAUCGGUGCAUAGAAUUUGUUGGUGACAAAUGUGGCCUAUCCCUUUAUCAACAGCUUUGAUACAGCCCCACAAACUGGAGCCGAGAUUGUCGCAUACUGACGUACUAGUUUAAAUAUUCGCAUACUAGAUUACCGCUUGGUCGCAGUUUUAGUUUAGUCUCUUCAAAUUCUACAUUGUUAUGAUCGCCUUGACAAAAAAAUAAAUGCCACCGGAAAAACACAAACAAACAAACAGUGUAUUGAUGGCAGAUACUGACAGAUAUAGUACCAACAUCCAGAGUACUCAAAACGAUAUUCUUCUAUAUAUUGGCCUCACGGUGGCUAUCUUCUUGGUCUGCUUCCUUUCGUUUUUCGUUAUCAAAAUCUACCGGAAGAAAGGCCAGCAUCAAAGCCUCUACAACAUGGCGUCCAAUGACUAUCACCCCGAGUUUUUUCCUGACCCCGACAAGAAGUCACUCUCUCUUCAACCGGACCUCACGCAGACAAUCCCCCCGUGCUACGAGUACCCCUACACCACCCCCUCGGCGACGUCAGUCACUCGCUCUGUCUCCGAACAUCACUAUGACGUCCCUCAUCUAACUUCAGGCAGCGAUAUCCAGAUGUCGCCGGCGACGAGUUCUACGCUAGAGUCCUCUAGCGGCAAGAGAAGUCAACUGAGCGGAUUCACGAAUAACUCCGACUCCACCUACGAAGUAGCAACAGACACCGUCACCCUACCGAUCGCCACCCUCCCUGCAGCCUACGCAGUUAGUCCCACCACCAACGGCAACUACACAAGCGCUACCCUCUCCCACGUCGGAGGCUUCUUAAACUUACCCGAAUCCGGAGUCAGUCUCCUGAUACCAGAAGGAGCCCUAUCUCGCUCUCGGAAACAAGAACUAUUCUUGUCGAUACUCAACGAGGACUGCUUCAGGCCCAAACUAGCCGAAGGCUUGACCCAACUCAGCCCGGUGGUCUCAUGCGGACCCAACAUCUCUCUCAACAAGGCCGUCGUGCUGAAGGUGCCCCACUGUGCGGAAGUCACCAGGAAUAACUGGUCCAUCUCCGUGCUCCAGAGCGACUGCAGCGACUCGCAGUGGCAAAGCGCCGUCACCCUAGGCCAGGAAACAAUAAACACGGCGGUGUUCUGUCAACUCGAUAAAACCUCGGCCUACUUGGUGACCGACUGCCUCGCCAGGUUCGUCAUUGUCGGCCGAUCUUCGAACGGGGGAGCCAUCAAGAGACUGAAACUGGCGAUAUUCGCCCCCAAACUUUGCUUUCAAUCCUCGGGCGACUACAGCGUGAGGGUAUACGUCCUUGAGGAUACCGACAGCUCCAUGGAGACCGUCUUCGGCCAGGAAAAGCGCUUGGGAGGCUACCUCCUGGACGAACCGCGAACCAUCACCUUCCAGGACGGCAACAGCAACCUCUGCCUGGCUCUGGACACUAUCGGAGAAGGAUGGAGAGCCAAGCCUUCGACAAACUACCAAGAGAUACCGUUCAGACACCUAUGGCAGGCUAACAGCAACAGCCUGCACUGUUCUUUCACGUUGGAGAAUAUUGAAGCCAACAGAAACCUCAAUUUUAAGCUCAGGGUGAACCAGAAGGGUUUCGACUACAUUCAGGUAUUUGACAUCUGCUGUAGAGAUGAUGGAUCUGAUCUAACUGAGAAAACCAGCUCGGGAAAGUUCAACCACAACGAAUUUGUGCCAAAGCUAGGGGAAUCCAGCAAGUCAAUCGACAGCAGAAAAUCCCAAGUCGAAUAUGCAAAGAGUGCCAAGAAAUUAGACACCAAAAACCUGAUUGUCACAGACAGAGGGGUAUCAACUUGCGAUGACUUCAAUUUCAGACUGGGGAAGCAGCUAAGAAAGCAGCUGUGUCAAUGUUUGGACCCCCCUACGCAGAGGGGUAACGACUGGAGGAUGCUAGCGCACGCGUUGGCUGUUGACAGAUACAUUAAUUUCUUUGCAACAAAACCUUCACCUACGGACUGCAUCCUUGACCUGUGGGAGGCCAGAAAUAGGGAUAGCAACGCCUUAACGCAACUCAAGCAGAUUUUCUCCGAUAUGGAGAGGUUCGAUGCUGUGAAUAUUUUAGAUAAUUCUUUGGGGCCUAACUGGUUGUAACUUUUCUCAGUGUAUAUAAUAUUGACGAAAUACUUAAUGAAAGAAACAAGAUUCAACUAUGUGGACCAAGAAAGUAUAAGUGUUUGGAUUUGCCAAAUUUAUAUUUUGUUGGUCCGGCAUAUUGAUGCCCUGCUUUAUUUAAAAUCGCUUUACGAAUUUAUAUUUAUGUAUAAAUAGAGUUAUUUUUAUGGUAAGUUGUUAUAUCGUGAAGUAUUGUCUUUGGCGAAAGGAUAUUCUAGGACCAAGUUCCAAAAUUUGUGCAAUUUUUGUAGCCAAUGAGGUAUUUUGAAGGGUACAAUUUUGUUGAUGGAAAUAUUUUAUGUCCUGAAAGUUGUUUUAUUUUGAUUAAGUUUCAGAUAUGCUCUAUUCAAAUAAAAACAGGGUGAGAGUAUUCAAAAUUACUGUUGAACAUUGUUUUGUUAUGACGUUUUGAAAAAUCUGACUCUUCAGAAUCCUUCAUUGUCAUUUCCCCAUUUCACUUGUAUUUACGAAAUAUUCAAUGGAUACUUUCAACAAGAUACAUUUUCAAUAAUUAUUUAUCGUGCUUCUGUUGAUAAUAUUCGUUCACUUGUUAUAGGGCACCAGAUAAUCGAGAAUUCAUUAAUGACAAUUUCUCAAGUUAAAUAAAAUGUCUAUUCGAAAAAAAAAGUAACAGAAUUGUAUGUAGUUAUUCAACGAGAAUAAAAAUCCCCUGAAUGUGUACUUUAGUUGUUUCAAGAGGCCGAUGCUAACUGGUAACUUGAUUUUUGGUAUGUAUUCAUACUAUGAGAACAAUUUCGAAACGAAAAUAUAUGAUGUAGAGUUUUAUACAAGAAUAAAAAAUCAAAAGUAGUUUUCUAGAUGAUAUUUUAGAAAUGUUUUGUACAAAUUGAAUGAUAUUCAUGUAACUAGAUUCAGUUCCACGUUGAUAUGUACUAUGUAAUCUAGAAAUUAUACGAUAACAAUGUAUAUAUAUAUGGUCAAUAUAUUGACGAUUUUUUUAA